AUGACGACCUUGCACUACCUGCCCCCGGUGAAGCCUUCCGCAAUUGCGAUGGGUGCUUUCUUCACCCACACGGCAUCCCUGGGAAUCCUCGCCCCCGUUUUCGGCGACACCUACCACCGCGCCCAGGCCGCGAACUCAAAGGAGGAGUUUAUCAAGUCGAAGGAAGCUGCUGGCGCCGCAGCUGCAUGGGGAAGCUCUCUCGUGGGGAGUGCCGUGCAGACCUAUGGCGUUGCCGCGUUGAUCAAUGCUACGGGUACUCUCAGCUACAAAGGUGCUGCCUACCUCGGCACCUUGAUCUUCUUUGCUAGUUCUGCCCCCAGUUUCGUGAGCCAGGUCUUCGCCGAGAAACGGCCCCUUGACACCGUCGCUGUCGGAGCCGUCUCUCGAGUCUUUGAGACCGUUGGUCUCAGUUUGUUCUUGACCUGGUGGGGAACUCGCACUCACCCAUUUGACUAA